ACGUACAUCACAGCCAUCCAGAAUCCAGAGACAGAACAAAUUAACAAAUGCAUAAUACGAGCACCCUCGAUUAAAACAUAUGUGGUCCAAUUUAACAAAAUGUGAAUCAUAACAAUCAUUAUUGUUAUUAUUGUUUAUAAUAACUCAUGCGCGAUAGGACGAUUUUUUUAUAUUUAUGGACGACGUCGGGAUUUUCUGGCAAGAAAUCAUAAACUUUUUUAUUAUAUUUCGUAUCUUAAAAUAAUUCCGCUUUCGUGCUUCAUAUACCAAGUAAUUAUUCCAAAUGUCACCGACAGCGACGUUAUUAUCGCAAACUAACGGUAUUUUAUCCCCGUUGACCAUCAACAGAACACAAGAUUGCUCAGGAAAUAUAAAUUCGUUAUUUACAACGUUCCCAACAACUAAUUGGUAUCAUUAUCAAACCAACGACCAAUUUCAAACGAAACUUUUGAGUCCAGCUUGGAGUACAUAUUCAACAAAUCAACAGUAUUCAAUAAAUGUUUAUAGUCCUCCUUAUUCUAACCAAAGUAUUUGUGACCAAUUAACCGACAUAACAGAUCAAUUUGCCGAUUUAUCUUUGGACAGAAGACCAAUCAGAAGACCACCAUCGUCGUAUUUAUGUCACUUGUGUUUCCAGAAAGGUCAUUAUAUCAAAGAUUGUCCGCAGGCGCGUCCUAAGGGGGAAGGUAAAACUCCAUAUCAGGGAAGAAAACGAUGUUUCGGUGAAUAUAAAUGUCCGAAAUGUAAAAGAAAAUGGAUGUCUGGUAAUUCUUGGGCAAAUAUGGGACAAGAAUGUAUUAAAUGUCAUAUUAACGUCUUUCCGCAUAAACAGAGGCCCUUAGAAAAACCGGACGGUUUGGACGUUUCGGAUCAAUCGAAAGUUCAUCCUCAGCAUCUAUGUCAAAAAUGCAAGGAGCUUGGCUAUUAUUGCAGAAGAUUACAAUGAAUUUUUUUAUUCUUUUUUAAUUUCCAUUUACUAAAAUUAUGUUUUAUAUUUUGUUAUUUUCAAUUUUUUUUAUUUAUACUUUUUAUUUUUUUUUAUUUACGAGUACUUAAAAGAGAAGAAAUCGAAUUUUAUGAAUAUGUAUUUUAAUGUAUGUUACCAUUUUACGUAAAAUGUUAUGAGAUAAAUAUUAAUAUAUUUAUUUUCCCACGA